CUCCCCCUCUCUCUCCGCCAGUACUAUUUCUCUCCGCGCAGCCCAAAUCGAGUUGCUCCUCUCUCUCUCUCCUCUGUCCCUAUCAUUCCAAAUUGCCCGAUUUAGUUCAGUGACGAGCCGAAGGCACCCCCCCCCCCCCCCCCUUCCUCCUCCUUCUCGCCAUCCAUUCCGCCGUUGUUCGCGCUGCAGCGGCGGCGGCGGGCGGCGCGCGGCAGCAACAUAAACGUGAGCUAAAACGUGGACCGCACAAUCUCCGGCACCCCCAACCUACAUUACCGCCGGAGCCCCCGGCGCUGCAAAGGUUUGGGCGUUGCGCCAUCGAUCGCACAGGCUCGCGGUUGCGGUCGGUUGAUCGGUGCUUCCUCCGGCCAUGGCGCAGCUGCCGCCCAAGAUCCCCACCAUGGCGCCGGCCUGGCCGGAGUUCGGGGGCGGGCACCACCACAGCGCCCGCCACCACCAUCACCACCAGCGCAGCCCCUCCAUGGGCGCCUUCCUCGCUGCGCCGUUGCCGCCUCUCCCGCUCCCGCCCCCGGCGCCGGCCGCGAACGGGGCGCAGCAGCAGCAGCAGCCGUCGUGGGUCGACGAGUUCCUAGACUUCUCGGCCGCCAAGCGCGGCGCGCACCGCCGCACCGUGAGCGACUCCGUCGCCUUCCUCGACGACGACAAUGCCGGCGCCGGCGCGGCCGCGCACGAGUUCGAGCGCCUCGACGACGCCCAGCUCAUGUCCAUGUUCUCCGACGACCUCACGCCGCCGCCGCCGCCACAGCAGCCCGCGGCGCCGAGCGCGUCGUCGCCGUCCGAUCACAACAGCAACAUCAACGAUGAGAAGCAGGACAACAAGGGCGGCGAAGCCGAGGAGGCGCAGAGCGGCUGCAAUGGCGGCGGCGGCGGCUCGGCGGCGCCCUACUCACCCGCCACGGUCGAUCCCAAGCGGGUCAAGAGGAUCCUGGCGAACCGGCAGUCGGCGCAGCGGUCGCGUGUGCGCAAGCUGCAGUACAUCUCGGAGCUGGAGCGCAGCGUCACGUCGCUCCAGACGGAGGUGUCGGCGUUGUCACCGCGCGUCGCGUUCCUCGACCACCAACGCUCGCUGCUGACGCUGGGGAACAGCCACCUCAAGCAGCGCAUCGCGGCGCUCGCGCAGGACAAUAUCUUCAAAGAUGCUCAUCAGGAGGCACUGAAGAAGGAGAUAGAGAGGCUGAGGCAAAUCUACCAGCAACAGAGCCCGAAGAAUGCGGAAUCCCCAACGCCCGACGCCCCCCUGCAGGUCCGCAGCGACAACGGCUUGAUAGCAAACGAAGGGACCGCCGGGCCUGCGCCCUGCCUGCCCUCGUGAUCGAGAUCCGGCUUGGACCGGAGGCGUCGGCCUCAGGACAACAAAUCAAGUGUUGUCGCUGUUCUUCCUCUUGUCGUCUUCGUCGUCGUCGUUAGGAUCGAUCGGUCGAUUUGGUGUGUUGGUUGGAUUUGUUGCAUUCUUUGGGGUGUGAUGUAUGUAACUCGAUUUGUUCAUUCCGGUUCCUUUUUUCUGUCCAUUCUUGCAUCCCUCUGAUUCUUCUCUACUUCCCUGAUUUGUGAUUUUUUGUCCCGGCAUUUUGGGCGAAGGUUGUAGCUAAGAAUUGUAAUUCAGUUUGGUUGAGGUCGAGUGUUCUCCGUCUGGCUGGUCCUGUAUCUAAUCAAUCAUCAAAUGCAUGCUUUUCUACA